UCAGCUGAGGGAUGGUUGUCUCGGGCGCGUUCGGUUGACACGCAGCACAUCUCUACGUGCUGAGGCUCGCUCUGAUUUUACAUGAACAACAUUUUUCUAAAACAAAAUACAGUUUAUAACAAACACAUAACCGUUUGUGCUGCAGACCCGAUAUGGAGUCGUAUGAUAUUAUAGCUAACCAACCUGUGGUCAUCGAUAAUGGUUCUGGUGUGAUUAAAGCAGGGUUUGCUGGAGAUCAGAUUCCUAAAUACUGCUUUCCUAAUUAUGUCGGUCGGCCCAAACAUGUGCGUGUUAUGGCGGGAGCGCUGGAGGGGGAUCUGUUCAUCGGGCCCAAAGCUGAGGAACACAGGGGUUUGUUAUCGGUCCGGUACCCAAUGGAACAUGGCAUCGUUAAAGACUGGAAUGACAUGGAAAGGAUCUGGCAGUAUGUUUACUCUAAAGAACAGCUGCAGACCUUCAGUGAGGAGCACCCUGUAUUAUUGACUGAAGCUCCUCUGAACCCGAGUAAGAACCGAGAGCGUGCAGCUGAAGUCUUCUUUGAAACCUUCAACGUCCCAGCAUUGUUCAUUUCAAUGCAGGCCGUGCUCAGCCUUUAUGCAACAGGCAGGACAACGGGUGUGGUCUUGGAUGCAGGGGAUGGUGUGACGCAUGCUGUUCCGAUCUACGAGGGAUUUGCUAUCCCACACUCAAUCAUGCGUGUGGACAUUGCAGGACGUGACGUGUCCCGAUUCCUCCGCCUGCUCUUGAGGAAGGAGGGAUACAACUUUCACACCUCUGCUGAGUUUGAGGUUGUUCGCACUAUCAAGGAGAGGGCAUGCUACCUGUCUUUGAAUCCUCAGAAAGAUGAGACUCUGGAGACGGAGAAGGCGCAGUACACUCUACCAGACGGGAGCACACUCGAUAUUGGUCCUGCACGUUUCCGGGCCCCGGAGCUGUUGUUCCGACCCGACCUGAUUGGAGAUGAGAGUGAGGGAAUCCAUGAGGUUCUCGCUUUUGCCAUACAGAAAUCAGACCUGGACCUCCGCCGUACCUUGUUCUCCAACAUUGUCCUGAGUGGCGGCUCCACACUGCUCAAAGGGUUUGGAGACAGAUUGCUGAGUGAAGUGAAGAAGCUCGCUCCCAAAGAUGUCAAAAUUAAGAUCUCAGCACCACAGGAGAGACUUUAUUCUACAUGGAUUGGUGGCUCUAUUCUGGCCUCUUUGGACACAUUUAAGAAGAUGUGGGUUUCUAAGAAAGAGUAUGAAGAGGAUCGAGCACGAGCCAUUCACAGGAAGACCUUCUAAUAGGCCCCUCCCACUGUUUUACUGAUGCCCCGCCCCUCCCAAUUAUCACUGCGGCUGAUUGAGUGUGUCUGUGCAGUUCUGAUUUCUCACACACACGGACACAAAUGUUGUAAUGAUUAUGUUCUUCAGCAUGUCUGUGUGUUCUAGUUUAAAAUGAAUAUUUUUCUGUAAGUGUGUGUGUGUGUGUGUGUGUGAGAGCGUGAGGGUGUUAGUGCCACUUCAGUGAUGUUGGUCAGCUCUAACCCAUGCCUCUGUUUUGGGCAGGAAGUAGAGAUAGGAUGUGGUGGUGAACAUGGUCUCACAUACAUAAUGUUCUCUCUCUCUCUCUCUCUCUCUCUCUCUCUCUUUCACACACACACACACACAGUAAUCACCAGUGUUUCUCCUUCACACCUCAUCUAAAUACUAGUCACUAGCUUCCUCUUCCUUUCAUGAGAAUUGAAGAAACCCCCUCUCAUAACAGCUGAGUGUUUAUUAUUGGAACUUGAAUUUUGUCUCUCGCUUAAUUAUUCAUUUUACUCUUUUGUGUGUGUGUGUGUGUAUGUGAGAAAGAGAGAGAGGUGAUGGAGCAGGUUUAGUGAUUUGAGCUUAAAAGGUGGAGUUUGAGAGAGAGAGAGAGAGAGAGAGUAGUGCAGUGUUUCAUUAUUAAAGCAUCUCAAUUGCAUUAUAUUGCUUUUUACACAGACUAAUGUCUGAUCACAGUGGAGAGUAAAUCUGAAAAUGUGGCCUGAUAUUUGUUUUCAUAAGGAAUGAAAACUUCAAAUUAAAAUGUCUCCUUUACACACAGAAGCUCUGUACAUGAACACUCUUUACUGCUGAUGUAUAAAUUAUAAAUAAAUUAAUUAAAAGUC